AUGGCGUACAUCCAGUUGGAACCUUUAAACGAGGGUUUUCUUUCUAGAAUCUCCGAUCUGCUGCUGUGCAGAUGGACUUUCAGGCAUUGCUGUCAGAAGUGUUAUGAGUCCAGCUGUUGCCAGUCGAGUGAGGACGAAGUUGAAAUUCUGGGACCUUUCCCUGCCCAGACUCCCCCCUGGCUGAUGGCCAGCCGGAGCAGCGACAAGGAUGGGGAUUCCGUCCAUACAGCCAGUGAAGUCCCUCUGACCCCAAGGACCAACUCCCCAGAUCGAAGAUGCUCGUCCUCAGACACAUCUAAGUCUACCUACAGCCUGACCCGGAGGAUUUCAAGUCUUGAAUCCAGACGACCCAGCUCCCCACUCAUUGAUAUUAAACCCAUCGAGUUUGGCGUUCUCAGCGCCAAAAAGGAGCCCAUCCAGCCCUCGGUGCUCAGACGGACCUAUACCCCAGAUGACUACUUCAGAAAGUUCGAGCCCCAGCUCUACUCCCUCGACUCCGACAGUGACGAUGUGGACUUUCUGACAGACGAAGAGAUCUUGUCCAAGUACCAGCUGGGCAUGCUGCACUUCAGCACCCAGUACGACCUGCUGCACAACCAUCUGACAGUGAGGGUGAUCGAGGCCAGGGACCUGCCGCCCCCCAUCUCCCACGAUGGCUCGCGCCAGGACAUGGCCCACUCCAACCCCUAUGUCAAGAUCUGUCUCCUGCCAGACCAGAAGAACUCUAAGCAGACGGGGGUCAAACGCAAGACCCAGAAGCCCGUGUUUGAGGAGCGUUACACCUUCGAGAUCCCCUUCCUGGAAGCGCAGAGGAGGACCCUGCUGCUAACCGUGGUGGAUUUUGAUAAGUUCUCCCGCCACUGUGUCAUUGGGAAGGUCUCCGUGCCUUUGUGCGAGGUUGACCUGGUGAAAGGCGGGCACUGGUGGAAGGCGCUGAUCCCCAGUUCUCAGAAUGAGGUAGAGCUGGGGGAGCUGCUUCUGUCGCUGAAUUAUCUCCCAAGUGCUGGGAGACUGAACGUUGACGUCAUUCGAGCCAAGCAACUUCUUCAGACAGAUGUGAGCCAAGGUUCAGACCCGUUUGUGAAAAUCCAGCUGGUGCAUGGACUCAAGCUUGUGAAAACAAAGAAGACAUCCUUCUUAAGAGGAACAAUUGAUCCUUUCUACAAUGAAUCCUUUAGCUUCAAAGUUCCCCAAGAAGAACUGGAAAAUGCCAGCUUAGUGUUUACAGGUGGGCGGGGUCGCGUGGUGGAGGGUGAGAUAGAAGGUCUGGAGCGAUGCUGCUACCUUCGCGCCUGGGAAGACUUCAGGGCUGAUCGGGCAGUGGAGGACCCGCUGGAAAAAGUGUUGGGGUUUGGGAAGCAGGACAUUGGAGAAGCCGAGGGCUUCCAGCCAAGGACAGGAGAGGAGGCCAGUCUGAGAGGGGCAGAGCCUUUCUGCGAGAGCCAGAAACUCCCUCGAGAUGGAGAGAUGCUGUGGGCUUGUUCGGGGCCACAGAUGUUCCCCAGCAUCUGGCCUCAGCCCACCUCUGCCACGCCUCCUCUCCAGCCUCCCCACAGCCUCUGUCUCCUCUCCCUGCCCAACUGA